AUGGACGCCGCCAAUAUACUGAAAGCCCAAGGCUGGCGCGGUACAGGGCACUCACUUGACUCGGAAGGUCGUGGCCUUGCGAAACCCUUACUUGUCUCAAAUAAGCAGGACCUACUGGGCAUUGGUAAGAAAAAGAAUCUGGUAUCGGAUCAAUGGUGGAUGCGAGCAUUUGACGAGAGUCUAAAAGAAUUAGGCACUGGGAACAAGACUACUCUACAAUCCAUCACAGAGAAAGGCGUCUCCCGAGGCGGACUAUACGGCUUCUUCGUACGAGGCGAAGGUCUUCAAGGGACAAUUGGCGCUGAGUCCACACUAUCAGUAUCUACAAUAGAGUCCCUUGCAUCAUUCAAUACCUCCGACCGCUCAUCAUCCGAACCUCCCUCUGCAACCUCAUCCUCGGAAUCUACCACCAUGACGAAAAAAGCAAAGGUCAAUAAACGUCGACUUGCCGCUAAAGAUGACGCAUUCCUCAAGAAGAUGCCUAAAAAGUGCAAACUAAGCGACGCAGAAAACUAUGAAAUAUGGCUCCCAAAGCUGCAAAAAACCCAGCGAAAACUUGCUACGCGUGACGCCGAGAUGAACAGCGUGACACUUGAAGAGCAGCUGAAGCGCGUAGGCUGGGAUGUACCGCCGGCUACGUUCAACGAGACUAAAAGACAGUUCAUACUGCUGAAAAAGCACAAGCGCCAAGCCCUGUAUCUGCAGAGAACUGUCGAGGAGGUCAUCAAGCACGGCGACACACUGGGGAAGAAGAUUGAGGAAGACAAAAAGGCUGCACCACCAUUGCAAUCUGCUUUGGCGGAAUUACCGGCAAAGAAGCUUGAAAAUUACAAGAAGCGUGCGUUAGAAAAGGGACUUAGUGUUGAGGCAUAUUACGAAGCGCGACAGAAGAAGAGGCGCGCUAAGAAGCGGCGACAGAUGCGUGGCGACGGUUUUAUAUCGUUGGAUGCCGAGGAAGAACAGGAAAGCAGCGAUGACGAUGGGAAAACGAAGAAGUCGUGGAUAAAGGUUAAUCGAGACAAGAUACUUAUGGAAAUGGGCAAGAACCCGGCGACUGCGACAAAGGACGAUAGAAAAGCUGCUGUCAGAUAUCUUAAGAGGCAGAAUAAAGCCAAAAAGAAAGGACCAGAGAAGAAAGGGGCCAAGCAAAGACAAGGUGGACGCAAUUAG